AUGGCGUCGUUUCUCGAAAAUACCUACAGUUUGCUCCAUGUGGACAAUACUGCUGACCAGCCGACGGUGCAGGAGUUGAAGCUGCAGCUGGAGAAAGGAAAUGAUGAGACCAAGUUGGAAACAAUGCGGACAAUUGUCACCAUCAUGCUGAAUGGAGAUCCUAUGCCGCAAAUCCUCAUGCACAUCAUUCGUUUCGUGAUGCCGUCGAAAAGCAAGGCAUUGAAGAAGUUGCUCUAUUUCUUCUAUGAGAUCUGCCCCAAACAUGAUUCUACUGGCAAGCUCAAGCAAGAGAUGAUCCUGGUCUGUAACGGCAUUCGCAAUGAUCUUCAACAUCCCAACGAAUACAUUCGAGGCAAUACCCUCCGAUUCCUCUCCAAACUCCGCGAACCAGAGCUUAUUGAGCCCCUCCUUUCCUCCGCACGUUCGUGUCUGCAACAUCGUCACGUCUAUGUUCGCAAGAAUGCAGUAUGGGCUGUGUCAUCUAUUUUCCUGCACUCCGAGUCCCUCAUCCCCGACGCACCAGAGUUGCUUCAAUUGUUCCUCGAAUCGGAGACCGACAGCACCUGCAAGCGCAAUGCAUUUGCGGCGCUCAUGUCCAUUAGCCACCAGAAGGCGCUCGAGUAUCUGCGCACCACGUUUGACACAAUUCCAAACACAGAUGAGUUGCUCCAGUUAGCCGAGUUGGAGUUCCUCCGGAAGGACGCAGUGCAGAACACUCAGAAUAAGUCGCGAUACCUGAAACUCAUGCUUGAGCUCCUCGACGCCCCCACCAGCACCGUUGUUUACGAAGCCGCAACAUCUCUUACCGCCCUCACAAGCAACCCUGUUGCUGUCAAAGCCGCUGCAGGCAAGCUGAUUGAGCUCGCGAUCCGGGAGGCCGACAAUAACGUCAAGCUCAUUUGUUUGGAACGCGUGAACCAGCUUAGAAUUCGCAAUGAGGGUGUCUUAGACGACCUGACCAUGGAGGCCCUGCGGGUUCUCAGCAGCCCUGACAUUGAUGUCCGGAGAAAGGCCCUCAACCUUGCCAUGGAGAUGGUCUCGAGCAAGAAUGUCGAAGAAAUCAUCAUGCUGCUCAAGAAAGAACUUGCCAAGACCGUCGACGAACAAUAUGAACAGAAUAGCGAGUAUCGCCAAAUCUUGGUGCAGUCAAUACACUCCUGCGCCAUCAAGUUCUCUGAAAUUGCUGCCAGCGUGGUUGAUCUCCUGAUGGACUUUAUUGCCGACUUCAAUAAUAAUUCCGCCGUCGAUGUGAUUUCGUUCGUCAAAGAGGUCGUGGAGAAAUUCCCUGACUUGCGUGGGUCGAUCGUUGCCCGCUUGGUUUCGACUUUGAGUGAGGUCCGAGCUGGAAAGGUCUACCGCGGAGUUCUCUGGGUUGUUGGCGAAUACUCCCUGGAGGAGAAGGAUAUUCGGGAUGCCUGGAAAACAAUCAGAGCCAGCCUUGGUGAAAUCCCAAUUUUGGCAUCCGAACAACGACUCCUGGAUGAGGUUCCGGAUGAUAACGCCCUGCUGAUGGAGCAGGCCAAUGGCCAAUCCAAGGCCGCACCCACUGGAUCCCGGAAGGUGCUUGCAGAUGGCACAUACGCCACCGAAAGUGCUCUCACCAGCCAGUCCGCGGCAGCUGCUCGUCUCGAGGCUGUCAAGGCCGCACAGAAGCCUCCUCUCCGCCAGCUCAUUUUGGACGGCGACUACUACCUGGCAACGGUUCUUUCUUCGACUCUGACCAAGUUGGUCAUGCGCCAUUCUGAGGUGUCGCAGGAUACUGCCCGCACCAACGCUCUCCGUGCCGAGGCCAUGCUUAUCAUGAUUUCCAUCAUGCGCGUUGGUCAAUCUCACUUCGUUAAGGCUCCUAUUGAUGAAGAUUCUGUGGAUCGUAUCUUAACUUGUGUGCGAUCUUUGGCCGAGUUCUCUGAGAAGAAGGAACUCGAAGCCUCUUUCUUGGAGGACACCCGAAAGGCGUUCCGCGCCAUGGUCCAGGUCGAGGAUAAGAAGAGGGCUGCCAAGGAGGCAGUGGAGAAGGCCAAGACUGCUGUGCAGAUUGACGAUGCUAUCCCCAUUCGCCAAUUCACCAAGAAGAACACCGUCGAGGGCGGGGAGGAGAUCGAAAUGGAUCUUGUCAAGGCAACCGGUGGCGAUUCGACCGUGGAGGAGGCCUCAUCGAAGCUGAGCCGGGUGGUGCAAUUAACCGGUUUCUCCGACUCGGUCUAUGCUGAAGCCUAUGUCACUGUUCACCAGUUCGACAUUGUUCUUGAUGUCCUGUUGGUUAACCAAACAUCGGAAACUCUGCAAAACCUGUGCGUGGAGUUCGCAACUCUGGGUGACCUCAAGGUCGUUGAGCGGCCAUCCACCAACAACCUCGGCCCACGCGACUUCUUGAAUGUCCAGGCUACGGUCAAGGUUUCGUCAACCGACACCGGCGUUAUCUUUGGUAACAUUGUCUAUGACGGCGCCAGCUCUACCGAGACCCAUGUAGUCAUUCUCAACGACAUCCAUGCCGACAUCAUGGACUACAUCCAGCCUGCUCACUGUACCGAGACUCAGUUCCGUACCAUGUGGACUGAGUUUGAAUGGGAGAACAAGGUCAACAUCAAUUCCAAGGCCAAAACUCUGCGUGACUUCCUCAAGCAGCUGAUGGAGAGUACCAAUAUGGCCUGCUUGACACCUGAUGCUUCGCUCAAGGGUGAUUGCAGCUUCCUGAGCGCGAACCUGUAUGCGCGCAGUGUGUUUGGCGAGGAUGCACUAGCAAACUUGAGCAUCGAAAAAGAGGGAGACGAUGGGCCGAUUACAGGAUUUGUGCGGAUAAGAAGUCGCUCUCAGGGUCUGGCACUGAGCUUAGGCUCUCUGAAGGGUCUCAAGGCAGCGACUGCAUAA